UGACUAAAAAACAUUAGUUGUAGAAAAUGGAAAUAUAGAGGCACGUUUUCUGUCCUAUUUAGUGAAAUACUUUGUUCUACUUUGUGAAAUUAAAGGAAACCCCCAGAGAAGUAGUUAUACAGUGUUUUAAAUGAGAGUUUUAGCUUUUUACUCCAUUGAGCUCCAUGCAUUGAGGACUCCCUCGCGGGCUCCCUCUAGCGGUGAUGGGGUAUAAUGUGAUAUAGCGGGGGAGGGGGCGGGGCUCUACAUAACCCGGAUGAGGCUGAGUUUCCGGGGUCUGUAGCUGGAGCGGAGACAGAGCAGGAUCAGCUGAACUACAGAAGAAACAAAAAUAUUCUCCUGAAAUUCAUCACCAACAACCAAGAUAUGUAACAAAGAGCAAUGUUGAACUGCUGAAAGAUGUGAAGCAGAAGCCAUCCUGAAGAAUCUCCAGAACACGCAGAAAUUGUUUGCUACAUUUAACAGGUAAAUUAAGCCAAGUCCCCACAUGGAGGAACAUCAGCACUCUGUCAAGAGUUUUACUAAACAGAAUGAUCUCAAAAAGCACCAGUGCAUUCACACAGGAGAGAAACCGUAUCACUGCACAGACUGUGGGAAGCGGUUUAAUCAACAGAGUCAUCUCCAACGACACCAGCGCAUUCACACAGGAGAGAAACCGUAUCACUGCUCAGACUGUGGAAACAGUUUUACUACACAGAGUGAACUCAAAAUACACCAGCGCAUUCACACAGGAGAGAAACCGUAUCACUGCACAGACUGUGGGAAGCGGUUUAAUCAACAGAGUCAUCUCCAACGACACCAGCGCAUUCACACAGGAGAGAAACCGUAUCACUGCUCAGACUGUGGAAACAGUUUUACUACACAGAGUGAACUCAAAAUACACCAGCGCAUUCACACAGGAGAGAAACCUUAUUACUGCUCAGACUGUGCAAAGCGUUUUAAUCAACAGAGUCAUCUCCAACGACACCAGCGCAUUCACACAGGAGAGAAACCGUAUCACUGCUUAGACUGUGGGAAGAGUUUUACUGCACAGAGUGAUCUCAAAAUACACCAGCGCAUUCACACAGGAGUAAAACCGUAUCACUGCUCAGACUGUGAGAAGUAUUUUACUACACAGAGUGAACUCAAAAAACACCAGCGCAUUCACACAGGAGAGAAACCGUAUCACUGCUCAGACUGUGGGAAGAGUUUUAAACAACAGAAUGAUCUUAAAAAACACCAGCGCAUUCACACAGGAGAAAAACCGUAUUUCUGCUCAGACUGUGGGAGGAGUUUUAAUCGACAGAGUACUCUCAAAAAACACCAGCGCAUUCACACAGGAGAGAAACCGUAUCACUGCUCAGACUGUGAGAAGUGUUUUAAUCAACAGGGUGAUCUCAAAAUACACCAGCGCAUUCACACAGGAGAGAAACCGUAUCACUGCUCAGACUGUGGGAAGAGUUUCAAUCGACAGGGUGAUCUCAAAAUGCACCAGCGCAUUCACACAGGAGAGAAACCGUAUCACUGCUCAGACUGUGGGAGGAGUUUUAAUCAACAGAGUCAUCUCAAAAGACAUCAGCGCAUUCACACAGGAGAGAGACCGUAUUACUGUUUCAAGUGUGAGAAGUGUUUUACUACACAGAGCCAUCUCAAAAAACACCAGCAAAUUCACACAAUUUAGAUACCGCAUCACUGCUCAGACUGUGGAAAGAGUUUAACUACACACUCAUCUUAAACUGCAUCAGUGCAUUCACACUGGAGAGAAACCGUAUCACUGCUCCUACUGUGGAAAAUGCUUUAUUGAACAGUCAUCUCACACUGCAGGGGAUGAUGUUUCCAUGUUGUUUUCAUGUAUGAUUGAAUAUCUACAGUACAGGCCAAAAGUUUGGACACACCUUCUCAUUCAUUGCGUUUUCUUUAUUUUCAUAUCUAUUUCGUCACUGUCCUAUGAAAAACACUUAUCUCCAUUUUUUAUGAUUUUUAGUCUACUACAUAAUUUGAAACUAUUUAAAUUUUUAAACUGUCACUUACGCUGUGCCAAAAUUUCUUGAUGAACGGACCAAUAGAAUCUCUUCAAAAUUACCUGAAAUAAACUCUUUUUACAUUGACUUCCAUUAAAAGUUUGCAAGGUUUUUUCUCUCUCCUGUAAAGUUGAACAGCGACGAUUUACAUUGUAGACUCACUGAAGGCAUCAAAAGUAUGAAUGAACACAUGGAGUUAUGGAUUCAACAAAAACAAACUGAAAACAUGUUUUAUAUUCUAGUUCUAGUUCAAAAUAGCCACCCUUUGCUCUGAUUACUGCUUUGCACACUCUUGGCAUUCUCUCAUUGAGCUUCAAGAGGUGGUCACCUGAAAUGGUUUUUCAACGGUCUUGAAGGAAGGAGUUCCCAGAGGUGUUUAGCACUUGUUGGCCCCUUUGCCUUCAUUCCAGCUCACCCCAAGCCAUCUCGAUUGGGUUCAGGUCCGAUGUCUGUGGAGGACAGGUCACAUAAUUCCAUGUGUUCAUUCAUAGUUUUGAUGCCUUCAGUGAGAAUCAACAAUGUAACUAGUCAUUAAAAUAAGGAAAAUGCAUUGAAUGAGAAGGUGUGUCCAAACUUUUGGCCUGUACUGUACAUUUGUUAAUGCCUACAGAGAUCUCCACCACUUAGUCGAACAUGUUGUGGUUUAAUAAGUUUUAAACAUUGUCAUACAUGGUACCGCUAACUCCAUAAACUAAGAACAUAUAUUUCAUAAUCCUGAUAUUUUUAACCUUUUUCGUGAUAUGAAUUGUAAAAAAUUGUAAGAAAACUUUACUCAUUUACAGGUGCAAUGCAUUGACCUUUAGAACUAAUAAUAUGAAACAUUUAAAGAGUGUGGAUUUUAUAAUUCCAGGACAUGCUUGGUUAAAAAAUUGAGUAUGUAUCUUAAAACAUAUUGUAGAUUUCUGAAGUUGUGAUCCACAGAGUUGAUCAGAGUUUGAUUUACUUUUCUUUCGGACAAGCAGUUAGCCAGGUCUAAUUUUAAAUUACUAAUGAACCAAUAGAAGCACAUUCAUGUAGGUUUCUCCUCACACCAGUAAGAAGAUUGGAGUCUCAGUGAAAGGCCAAAAGACCAUGGAACCUAUCACAGCAUUUGAUACUAACACAGAGUAAUUCAGACUUUGCAGGGCAGACAGAGCCCAUUUUUUAGAGUAGUUGCGGUAGGAGUUAAGUUCUGAAGAUGGGAGAGUUCUCCCUAAAUGAUAUAGCUGUUAGGAGUAGAUUAGGAAUCUUAGUUUACAACUAAAUGUUUAGUAUCAAAUCUUCAGUGCCUAUGAUUAUAAGGUUUUGAAUGCAUUUAAUCUUUUUUUCUAGUAUAUGCAGAUUUAUUUAUUUCCAUUAAUUUCUAGUAUCUCUGUUUUCACCCUGUGGAAGCCAACCUCAGUUUGCUAAGACUAGCAUAGCUUAGGUUAAUGCUAUUAACCGCCAGGCCCCCACCCAUAUGAAAAGAGAAGGGGAAAACACCACCUGAGGAACUCCAGAGAGAGUGCUCCCAAAAUUGAGACCCAGAGCCACAGAGAGACGACACUGUCCGGGUACUGCCGGGUGGACUGGAGGAGCAUCCAGACCCCGCAGAGAUGCCAACAAAAUCCUUUCCAGAGGUUAAAUAAAAUACUCCAGCUGUAGUUCUCAUACUGAAAUCCACCCACUCCAGACUUAUGUAUGGAGUAAAGUUCUCCUUCACUCCAUCUGCUGGUGUUCUCUUUGGUCUAUGGUUCAGUCUGUCUGAUUUAAAAUCUGUUGGCAUAGAUGAAUACAGAGGGAUAUUUAGUUGUGUUGUAUUACUCAAGCUAUAUACUCCUUUCCUUAUUAGACAUGAUAUCCCCAAAAGUUCCCCAAGUUCCCUAAGAAUAAAGUUAUAUGAUCGUUUUUAUCCAGUACCUAUUUGCUAAGUGCGGACCACGCCUAAAGAAGUAGAGAAAGAAGAAGAAAAAAGGGGAGGGAACUCAGGGAAAUUUGGGCUGGAGUUCUGAACUGCGUGCUUGAAGAAGCGUGCAGUUAUAUCCCCCCCUUUUUAUUUAAUAAGAAGUGGAAGAGUAGAAAAAGGGGGUUGUUGGGGAGGAGGUGGGUUGCGAACUUUCGUCACGAGAGAUAGUUAGUUAGGGGAGGUAUUUAUAGGACGCUUGAUUGAUACGGGGUGGAGUUAGAACGUAGAGUUCGGGCGUGGUCCUUCUCCCAAACUUUUGUUAUUACAUAACAUCAUCUAUUAUCUUUGUAUUGCUUCACCUCCAUAUUUACUUUUAUAUAUGUUUGUUUUAAUAAAAAAAAACUUUGAUAUUGCAA